AUGGCACUGCGACACUAUACUCUCGACUUCAGCCUCUCCACGGCAGUUGACUCUGCCUCAACAGUCCCGAGCCUAUUGUCUAUAUUCCACGAGCAGGAAAUGACAGAGACCAUACAUGACACAGACGGGCGCGGGUAUCUCGCCACCUUUGUCGGAAAGAACGGCAGGCUCGUUAUUCUGCGGGUGCAUGCCCAUGGCUUGCUCACCAUUGACUUGCAGUGUUAUGAAGGGGAUAACAUCGCACAACUAGACAAUCUUUUAAAUACACUGGAGAAGAAACUAAAGGUUCUCUUGAAUGACAAGAUAACGCGCAUUAAGAGGCUCCCGCCUCUCAUCCGAGGAGCCAAAGUAGACCGUUACUGGCCCACCACAGACGGAAGGCUGACUGAAUACGACAUCGAUCGCGUGUUGUACGACGAAGACUCUGCAUACCAAAAUAUUAAAAUAUUGCACUCGCAGCAGUUCGGGAACAUGCUGGUCCUGAAUGGAGAUGUCAAUCUGGCUGAGAGCGACAUGCCCUACACGGAAGCCAUUAUGGGUAGCGGAAAGGAGGAUUACACCGGCAAAGAGGUGCUCAUUUUAGGAGGAGGGGACGGAGGCAUCCUAGCUCAGGCAGUCAAGCAAAAGCCAAAGAUGAUCACCAUGGUGGAGAUUGAUCAGAAGGUGAUUGACGGGUGCAAAAAGUACAUGAGGAAGACGUGCGGCAACGUGCUGGAUAACCUCAAGGGUGACUGUUACCAAAUUCUCGUGGAGGACUGUGUGCCUGUGCUCAAAAAGUAUGUCCGAGAGGGAAGAACGUUUGACUACAUCAUUAACGACCUCACUGCAGUCCCGAUAUCUACAGAACCAGAAGAAGACUCAACAUGGGAGUUCCUUCGUCUCAUUUUGGAUCUGUCGAUAAAAAUGUUGCAUCCUAAGGGGAAAUAUUUUACCCAGGGCAACAGCGCUAAUCUAACAGAGGCUUUGAGUCAGUAUGAGGAGCAGCUUGGAAGACUCUCCUGUCCUGUGGACUUCUCCAAAAAAGUGGUUUGCGUGCCCUCCUAUAUGGAGCUCUGGGUUUUCUACACUGUGUGGAAGAAGUGA